GUUAAAUACAAUUUUAAUUUUUAAAUCCUAAUGUAGUCAAUUUUGUUUUCAGACAGGAUCACCGGUAUUACGAACGAUAACGCCGCAAAAAGUUAUCACAAAAACGUCGUUACCAGCAGGUACUUUAGCCCGACUAUCACAGAAAGGACCAGAUGGACAGUAUAUCCAAAGGACAGUUAGAUUAAAUCCGUCAAAUCAUAAUUUUAAAAUAAUAAACGCAUCCACACCUCAAAAAGUACAAAUUCAAAGUCCAGCAGCGAUACCGGUCGUACCGCAAACGUCUCCGUCGAAUCAGACCACGACGGCGAAAAUGUAUAUUUCGCCGCCAAUUUUGGACCACAGUGGGGCCAGAAAGCGACAAGACACAAUCGAUGCCGAUUUUGCACCAGAGUACAAACGAAGAAAGACAGAGAAGGUUGGCAAAGGGCUUAGACAUUUUUCCAUGAAAGUAUGCGAAAAAGUAAGAAAGAAGGGUACAACUUCUUACAAUGAAGUAGCAGACGAAUUAGUAGGAGAAUUCACAGAUGCCAUGAACAGUACAAUAGCAGACCAGCAAUAUGACCAAAAAAAUAUCAGGCGACGCGUGUACGAUGCGCUUAACGUUCUGAUGGCAAUGAACAUUAUUUCUAAAGAGAAAAAAGAAAUCAGAUGGCUCGGUCUUCCAACGAAUUCCCUCCAGGAAUGCAUACAGCUUGAAAGAGAAAAAAAGAAGCGAAUCGAAAGUAUCAGGGAAAAGACUCAAAAAUUACACGACCUCAUAUUAAAUCAGAUCGCUUUCAAAAAUUUAGCGCUUCGCAACCAGUACAGGGAGCAAGUGCACGGGUCUCCGGCUCCAAAUUCCUUUAUUCAGUUGCCUUUUAUUGUUGUCAAUACAAACAAAAAGACUGUUAUCGACUGUAGUAUUUCGAAUGAUAAGAUGGAAUAUUUGUUUCAUUUUAACGAUAAGUUUGAAAUUCAUGACGACGUGUACGUUUUAAAACAAAUAGGGAUGUUAAUGGGUAAAGGAAUAUUAGAAGAUUACGUUAUUCAAUUAGCAAAUGGCUCUUUAGACCAUUUGGACGAGAUACUAGACUCUGCAGGACCAGGACCAAGUAGUAUGUCUCUCUUAAACGCGGAUGAGUUCGUCGAAACCCAACUGGAUGAGGACAAUUCACGUCAGUCAUCCAGUUUUGAUCCUCUGUCACCCAAUAACCAAGAGUUCUCGGAUGACGAGGUAGAUACAGACACAUCCAGUGAUUUGGACACCAACUAGUAGUGACAUAUUUUUUCCCUUAUUAUUAAGAAGACCCACAUCCCUACUAUGUUUCAUCAAUUACCAUCUAUUGUUAUUGCAUAUCUCAUCGUUAACGCGUACUAAGUACCCGUUAGUCAAUUUUUAAUGAAAUUCAGGUGAGUUUUUGAAAGUCAUAUCUAUUAUUUAUUUGCGAGAAAAUAAUUUUUUUUUUUAAAUUCUGUUUAUUAAUGGGAUUUAGUAUUUAGUGUUCAAUAUUGAGUAGUAAUGAUUUUUGGACGGUAUUUGUUCUUAAGUUCGUGUUUAGUAGUUACCGGGAUAUAUAAAAUGUUAUUUAUUGUCUCAAAGGAGAAUCAAAAAUUGUUUUUUUUUUUUAUUAAAGACGAAACACGAUACGAAAUCGUUACAAAAAAAUACUUUGGCAUUAGAUUAUUAUCACUUUGGAAUUAUAAAGCAACUAUAAAACAAAAACUUUCUUGUUAGUAGCCCAAUUAAACCGAACCGAACCGUUAAUAAAUCACUAAAACUAAAUUUGUUUAAAAACCUAAAAUGCGAUUGGAUACCCAAGAUGUCAUCCCCAGUUAGAGUCUUUGGGUUUUAGAUAUUUAAAUAAUUUUUUCAAAGAUGCUCCCCUUUGUUUAUUAAAAAUUGACGAUCCUGUUCGACUCCACUUCCCCACUUUUUCAUCUGCUGUCUGAACGUUCGCCGAAAAUUAUUACUUACAUAUUACGUAGGUUAAGAAUUAAUUUACCAAUUUAUUGCAAUCAUUAUGAUAUGUUGUUAAUAUAUAUACAUAUAUAUAUAUAUAAAAACAAACGCAAAUUUCUCACUCAGUUCUUUCAGUAGCUUGUAUUAUACUAACGAUAAGUAACAAAUUUAACAGCUUGAUUUUUUAAGUAUGUAUUUAUAAGUGUUUUUCGUGUAGAGUAAAAUAAGUAUAACGAAAAAAAAAAAAACUGGUAAAGCGAUUAAAUCGCACCGUUGAACGACCGAAAAUGUGGUUGCUAAAUUAUUCUUUUUUGCUCAAAUUUAUAUCACUGUUUUUAUAUAUGUAUUUCAGUAAAUUAGAAAUUUUCCGAGAUCUGUAAUUUAACUUUGUGUUAGGUGUGGGGACUCAACUUUUCAUUUGUCUAAUUAGUCUCUUUGUAAUUUUUUGUAACAAAAUUUAAUUCUAAAGAGAGCCGAAAGAAAUUGUAAUUGUUAUAAAUUUUAUUUUAUCAUUUGGGUAAUAGGUUCAUAUUUGAAACACU